AUGGCAAGAGAGUUUCAAGCUCGCAAUUUGAUUACAUGGGUAGUUGAAAUUAUAGUGAUGAUAUAUUUAGCAUCUCCUACAAAAGCACAAACUGGCCCCUAUCACUUGUUGAUGUUUGCCUUGAAAUGGCCUCCCUCCUAUUGUAACUCCAUUGCAAGGCCAUGCCAAGGUCCGAUCCUAGCUGACUUUACCAUUCAUGGUCUCUGGCCGAUGUAUAAUUUAACUCAGAGCCAUUCGUUGCUAAAGACUAUUGAUAUGGUCCCUCCCUACAAUGAUACUGGAUGCAAUGACAUCCCACCGAUGUCAUCGGAAAAUAUUACGUAUCAACUGCUUCAUCUAAUAAUAAAUGAUUUGACGACAUAUUGGCCGGACGUUGAGAAUCCCGAAAGCCAGAAUUCAAACGAAAACGUUUGGCAGUAUCAAUGGAAAAAGCAUGGGAUGUGUUUUGAUACGCCUGAUACUCCUUUACAUUAUUUCACAACGGCUGUGGAUCUCGCAAAACAGUUUGACCUUCUCGAUACACUCCUUACAAGAGGAAUCGUUCCCAGUAAUACAUAUGGAUAUUCUAUUCAAGAGAUUUCAAGGGCUUUGUGGUUUGUUCUAGGAAAACGAGCUACAAUUUUUUGCAACGAAGUAGAAGAAGGAAAUGGCCGCAAGAGUAAACAGUUAGCUGAGAUUAGAACAUGCUUGGAAAAGGGAGGAAUCGUUCUCAGUAAUAGAUAUGGAUAUUCUCUUAAAGAGAUUUCAAAAGCUUUGUGGGAAGCGCUAACCGACACUAACAAUGGAGGAAGCCUCCGCCUCCGUGGCUCUACACCUGACUUAUCCCAGGGGAGUGAGGCAGGACUCGAACCCCUUACCUCUUUAAGGGAGGCGAGAGCCACUACCAUUACACCAUUGGGUUAUUUUAAUUGCGGACCAGGGACCAAUCACACAAUUGAGUUUCCCAUUCCUAGUUAA